AUGUCUGGAAAGAAGAGCCGCAAUCAGACCAAGAAAUCUGAGUCUCAGUCAGGACAACUUGGUCAGGCUGCCUCCUCGACACCAACGAACCCCUCUGCUCCGGGCGCUGCACCUCGCCCAAGCCAGCCUCGGCCAGCUGAUAGCCAGUCAACGUCUGUCCCCUCGACCGCGCCAACCACAGGGCCCCCAGGGCACGCCGGCUCGCAAACUCAGCCAACCUCAGGCCAGCGACGCUCGUCCCUGAACCCAACCGCGCGACCGUUUCAGCCGGCGGCCUGGUCCACCCCUGCCGCACCACCCUCGCUCGCGAGUCUUCCACCAGUUCCGGCCUCGUCUUGGUUCCCCCAGCAUGGUACACGAAGCCGAGUGCAGGGAUGUUGGCCGCUCCGUCCGGAACCGCAACAGACAUCAUCAGCCCAGGCUGCACCUCCCGCUCAGUCUCAAGCCCCACAUCCCGGCCGGGGUGGGCAUGUACAGGGAGCCUGGCCGCCACGACAAGAUCAACGGACGGCUUCGUCUGCAAAGACUGGUUCCGGACGCCAAACCAGUCCUGGCAAGCCUCAAACUUCGAGGAACGGCCGAGCUCGGUCGCCCCGGCAUGAAAACCCUCCGCCUGCUCCUCGCCACUUUAUGCCCUCCCGAGCUGCCCUGGCUUCUGGGGAGGAGGAGACGGCCGAGAACGCCGCUCUUAGGAAGGAGAUGAGCGAGGCGAUGGGAUUCUCCGAGAACUACCAGGGAAAUCCCUACGCGCCGAGGAACCAGGACCCUGACAUCCCGGAGGAGGAGAACUGCUCCUUCUGGAUCACCAAGCUCCCUACCAGCACUACGGUCCACACGCUACUGGGCUCCAUCCGGGGUGCCGGCCGCGUCUAUGCCACGCACAUCAACGAGCCCAUGCUGAUCCACGGCCGGAUGUACCGCGCGGCCAAGUUGAGCUUCUUCGAGCUGCAGGCCGCCCGCCGCUUCUGGGCCUCGUGCCAGCAGCACGGCAAGCGGGGCAACUAUCGCAUGCGGGUCGGCCGCUACUGGGUGCAGGUCCAGUACAACCGGCACCUUUCCGCCGAGGUUACUGUUCCCCAUGCGACUCGCUGCAUCAUGGUGCAGGGCCCGGAGUCGUGGGUUCGCUUGGACAACCUGCAGCGGUUCUUCGAUGCCCGCUUCAUGUACCAGAUCGACGACUUGAGAGUCGUUGACGAAGUGAACGGCUACCGGACGAUCGAGGUGCGGUUCGGCAGCUGGCGGUCGCAGGCCGAGUCCGCGAUGCAGGCUGUGCUCCUGGACAGCCCGGAGAAUGUGGUGGCUUGGUAUGUGCGGGACCCUUGCGAUGUCUGA